GCUGUGCUCUGUGUGCAUGCUCUCUGGUUGGCUCCCUGUAUACAGUGUGUAUCUGUCUAUGCAUGGAUCUGUACAGCCCAUCAUCUCCGCCCCCUCUCUGAUCUGUCUGUGCUCCUUCCUAUUACAACACUCCCUCUGUACAACUGUCUCACUCUCAUCUGCCCAUCGCUGCUUAGUUUCUAUUUGAUGCUAUUUACUUCUACUUGGAUUUUGUAUGGCUGGCUGUGGAGCACCCCUGCCUGCAUCACUUGGUGCCCACCCCCACUCUUCAUCACUGCCUGGAUUUACUGAUGCAGUUGGGUCCCCCUAAUUCCUAAACACAGUGCCCAGCCUGAUCACACCAUUAGAUCUGGGUGCCCUCUUUUGCUCUCUCCCUGUCCUGGUUGGCUUUCAGUAAACAACACUGUGCAAGCAAGUUUCUGCUCAUCUGCAUCCCUGCCCCCCCCCCCCCCCCCCCCGCAGGCAGACUGUUGCUUUUGUUGUCCCUGUAUUGGUGUGGCCCUGGGGAAGAGGGGGGCAGAGGGAUCAUGUGGCUCUGGGCUCCCUGCUAACUCCUGAGCACCAUUUGGACUAUUGAAGGUGGAGUGUGUGUACAGCUGCAACAAGAGGUCUUCUGCUGGCCUGGGUGGCAUCCUGCUGGAAACAUGGACGCUGGCAAAAUGAUGGAGAGAGGUGGAAAACAUCUUUUGACUGUGAGUAUAAACAAAGCUAUCAACACUCAAGAAGCCGCUGUGAAAGAAAAACAUGCAAGAACUUGUAUUUUGGGAACACAUCAUGAGAAGGGGGCUCAGACCUUUUGGGUAGCUGUGAACCGCCUGCCACUGUCCAGCAAUGCAGUUCUCUGCUGGAAAUUCUGCCAUGUUUUUCACAAGUUGCUGCGAGAUGGUCACCCCAAUGUUUUGAAAGACUCUCUGCGUUACAAAAAUGAACUCAUUGAUAUGAGCCGGAUGUGGGGGCAUCUUAGUGACGGGUAUGGACAGCUAUGUAGCAUCUAUUUGAAGCUUCUGAACACGAAGAUGGAUUUCCACACAAAGAACCCUCGUUUCCCGGGCAACCUUCAGAUGACUGACAGACAGCUGGAUGAGGCUGGAGAGAAUGAUGUCAAUAAUUUUUUUCAACUCACUGUGGAGAUAUUUGAUUACAUGGAAUGGGAGCUUAAUCUGUUUCAUGCAGUUUUCAAAUCUUUGGACAUGUCGCGUUCAGUGUCUGUUACUGCAGCUGGCCAGUGCCGCCUCUCUCCUCUCAUACAGGUCAUCUUAGAUUGCAGCCAUCUGUAUGAUUACACUGUGAAAUUACUUUUCAAGCUGCACUCAUGCCUCCCCACAGACACAUUACAGGGGCAUCGAGAUCGCUUUAUGGAACAAUUUCAGAAGCUGAAAGAUUUAUUCUACCGUUCAAGUAACCUACAGUACUUUAAACGUCUGUUACAGAUUCCCCAGCUUCCAGAGAACCCACCUAAUUUUUUGAGGGCGUCAGCCUUGUCUGAACACAUCAGUCCGGUGGUUCUUAUACCUACGGGAAAUUCCCCUCCUGAUGGUGAGACGUUAGUGGAGACAGACGAUCUUGUUGGAAUGGAUUCAUCUUCUCAGGGUAUGCCUGAGAAUAAGUUUGAUGAUAUCUUUGGCAGCUCCUUCAACAAUGACCCGUUUAAUUUCAGCAGCCAAAAUGGCAUGACCAGGGACGACAAAGAUCGACUGAUCGAGCAACUGUAUAAAGAAAUUGCCAUUCUAAGAGAUGAACUAGGAAACUUCAAAGCAGAGAGUCAUCGGUUGGUUCUUCACCUAAAGGGGCGCAUCCAAGAGCUAGAGGCAGAGUUAGCGGAGCAGAAACACCUGAGGGAACAGGCAGUGGAUGAAAAUGAUUUUCUGCGAACAGAACUGGAGGAUUUAAAGAGGGUUAAACAAGAUACUGAGCAAGCCCAGAAGAAUCUCACAGAGAUAGAGAGAAAAUCCACAGCUAAUGAGCAAAGAUACACCAAGCUGAAGGAGAAGUAUGCAGAACUAGUGCACAGUCAUGCAGACCUGCUCAGAAAGAAUGCAGAAGUCACCAAACAGAUGACAUUGGCUCGGGAAGCUCUGGGAGAUGUGGAACGCUCCAAGAAAGGGCUGGAGGAUUCAUAUCAGCGUGUUAAUGAGCACACACAGAGAAAGGCACAGGAGCAAAUACAACAAAUGGAUGGAUUACAGGGGGCACUAGAGAGCAGUAAACAGGAGAUUCAGCUUCUGAAGAGCAGCAUGGAAACCUCCAAGCAGGAAAGCCAAGCACAAGUAAAGGAAAUUGAAGAUAGUGUUGUACAGCGCAUCCUACAGGAAGCAGAGUCCAUUAUACAGGAAUCUCUCCAACAACUGGAUGAGCCACUCUAUACCAGUGGCAGUAUAUCUACAGACUUUCUAAUCUCCAGAACAGUAGCAGCUGUAGAGAGCACAGAGAAACUAGAGGAGGCGUGGAAAAAACAUAUGUCGGAAACUUCAGAUGUGAACUGCUUGUUGCCGAGUUUGGUUCAGUUUGCACAUAGAAUCGGUGAUGUGAUUCUACAAGGAGCUCAGACCAGAACCUCUGACAAGUUAAGUGACAGCUGUCGGACAUGUGGCACAGAAGCUCUUAACUAUCUCUCGGGUCUACGGAAUAAAAAAGCACAUAAUGACGUGGACUGCCGCCAAAUUACUGCCACACUCAAGUUAAUAGCUGGUAUCGCUCAGGAGUUGCGUCCUCCAUCACUUGAUAUCAAAGAGGAGGAGUUGGGUGACCUAGUGGAGAAAGAAAUGACAGCCACAGCAGCAGCUGUAGAAACGGCUGCUGCCAGGAUUGAGGAAAUGCUAAAGAAGUCUCGAACGGAUGACACUGGACUAAAAUUACAAGUCAAUGAACAGAUUCUGGGGUCAUGUACGGAUCUCAUGCAGGGAAUUAAGGCUUUGAUUCUGGCCUCAAAGGAUCUUCAGAAAGAGAUUGUGGAGAGUGGAGGGGGAGCAGCAUCUCCAAAAGAGUUCUACGCCAGAAACUCACGGUGGACAGAGGGGCUGAUUUCUGCUUCCAAGGCUGUGGGGUGGGGAGCCACUGUUAUGGUGGAUGCUGCGGACCUUGUUGUCCAAGGGCAGGGAAAAUUUGAAGACAUUAUUGUAUGUUCUCAUGAAAUUGCAGCCAGCACAGCCCAGCUUGUAGCAGCUUCCAAGGUAAAAGCGGAGAAGGACAGCAAUAACCUGACCAGAUUGAUGCAAGCCUCGAAAGUGGUAAAUCACAACGCUGCUGGUGUGGUGGCUUCCACAAAAUCAGUCAAAUCCCAAAUUGAUGAAGUAGAAACAAUGGACUUCUCUACCCUAACGCUAACUCAAAUUAAGCGGCAAGAGAUGGAUACCCAGGUGCGUGUUCUUGAAUUAGAGAGCCAGCUGCAAAAGGAGAGAGAAAAGCUGGGAGACCUAAGGAAAAAGCAUUAUGAAUUAGCUGGUGUCUCUGAGGGCUGGGGAGAUGAUGCAGAAUAAAGUGCGAUGAUACGUCCUCUCACAAUACCGAAUGCACACACAGCGGAUAACUCAGAAAGCACACGUCUAUGGCAUUCAAUUCAACUCUCCUGAGCACAGCCAGGACUGGCCAGGUCUAGCUGGCACUGAGUAUUUCCAAUGGGCUACAGAAAAGCAGAAGGACAGAUCUAAAGCAGAAGCACAAAAGGUAGCUGAGAUCUGGCCAAACUUUUACACUGCCUCUCAUGGCCAACCACCAUUCACCAUCAGUUCCUGGAGGCCUAAACCCCAUUUAGUCUCUUGUGUCUUAUAGUUUAGGAUCAUACACAGGGGGGCAGUGCAAACCAAAACGUGUUGAAUGGUCGCCCUAGGCUUUGACUGGCUGUUUUACAGGAUCACAGAGGUGCUUGAUGACGGCAUCCAAAGUAACUCCAUGUUGAAUGACUAGGAGCAUCAAUAAGCUUCUAUGAUAUAUAAAGGAAAAUUGCUGCAGCUCUUAUAAUCCAGUAAUAUUUAAAUUAGCUUAUGAUGAAAAUGGACAAUAACACUUGCCUUAUAGGAUGGUGGUCAAGAGUACAGCCGUUGGAGGAUGACUUUCUAUGGGAACCAUUAUAGUUCUGGUGCUCUGAACAUAAACACAAAGCUGAACCAUCACUUUGGAUGCAUAUUAAUCAAAUUACUGAUGAAAGUAAACAUUUAGAAAUGUUUGGAAGAUAAGAAUAUUAUGCUGCCUUCAUGUGCAGUCCGGAUUGCAGUGAUAAUAGAAGGGAUGAAACACUCUUAUGACCUGUGUUUAUGCAAUAGAUGUAUGGCAAUAUUGGAAUUACACAUAUUUAAAUCGCAGACAUGAACUUUCGCCUAGAAAUCACAAUUUACAACAAAGCUCAAUUGGAAUUUCUCCAGUGGUUGGUGCUGCCUGGGUUUUCCUCCCGGGGUUCUAUCAUUUCCUGCUCUGCCAUUCAUGGAUGCACAAAGAUGAGAUACUUGGCUUUACUCAAGCCUCUGCUAAAUCCGAACACACUGUGAGAUAACAGAAGGCACAUUACAUAGGCCAUGAUGUUAUAAUGACUUCACACAUGUGACAUUACAGGUGGCACUUGUAGAUGUCACUAUUGCAUUUACACCAAUAAACUCAUGUUUUUUUCAUGGUU